AUGGGGACUGGCAGCUCUUCUGCAGCCUGCCAGGGCUGGGGCUCGGACCUCCGGGUGGCACCUGAGGCCACAGGCCGGCAGCUGGCCCUCCUGAGGCCCAACUCCUCUAAGACUGUGCUCAGCCGCACUUACAGGACGCCGUCAUGGACACUUGCAGACCCCAGGAGAGAGCUGCCCACUGCACACAGGGGCCUGGGCUCGGCUUCUCGACUGCUCUAUGACACACCUGUGCCAGGCCCCAGCCAGAGUCUCAUCCCCGUGGCAGGGCCACACGUGGGGCCAGAGGUCAGGAGCCCGGGGGCGGGGGGGCAAGCUCUUACUGCAGUGUCCCAAAGGGAACUUCCUGUUCGUCUGAGCCCCAGCCAGUGUCAUACCAGGGCCUGUGCCCAGGCUCCACGUGGCUUCCAGAUUCACAGCCAGACACAAGCCCCAUGGGUCCACACAGCGGCUCUGGAGUGCCCGUGCCCUCAUAGCUCGCUAGGAGGCCUGGCUGGGUGGCUUGACCCCCAGGCUGGGAUGGAGCUGCUGAGCAGGACCCCGCACCUGGCUGAUCUACGGGAACAGAGGCAGGCCCAGCUCAGGAGUUGGGGCGGGAAAGUGCAGCGUCACUACCGGACACCAGGGCUUUGUCACAACAUGACGGAGAGGACAGGCCGCCUUUACAGGGCCGCCAACACCCAGCACCAGGACAGAAAGACCAAAGCAUGCUGCCUCGAGGGACAGACCGCCGUCCGAACUUGGCCCUUCCACUCCUGGCCCCCUGGCUGACGGUGAGGGAGAGGGUCAGGGAGACGGGCCCCGGCACCACGGUGCCGACUGCGUCGGGGACGGGGAGACAGUCACGGCCCCUCCAACAUCGGGUUAGACACCACGAAGCCCGUUUCCACUUC